AACACGAUGGAAUUUACCAAAGUAAUUCAAAAUGAAGCGGUACAAGAGUGGAAAGAAAAAUACAUCGACUAUAAAGGCCUUUUGAAAAUGUUAAAGGAAAUUAGAUGGUCGAUACAACUUAGAAAUGAUCAAUUACAUGAAACCACACAUAUUCCUUUUCCCCCUAAGUCACCUAGAUUAGCAACGCGUAGGAACUCAUUGACUUCACAAGCAAUGAGUAUAACUAGUAUUGCAGAAAGUGCAAAUACUUUGCUUAGUAAAGUGUCUCAUAAAUUGUCGAAUUUUUCGCAUUGGAUAAAGCCACCUUCGAUUCACGAACCCC